GUAGCAAAAAAGGUUCUUUUCAUAUAGUUACCAGUACUUGUUUCUGCCGGUACUCCUCCUAGUCCUCCUGCAUUAAGAAGAGUUGCAGGAGCUAAUAGCCUCCGCUGCUGCUGCUGUUUCUGUUUCUUUCUGGGACUUUUUGCUGCUUUUGAGGACUCUCUCUAGCCGCCUUUCUGUUUCUGCCGCGCGCUCCAGAAAAUUUUGCAAGACGUUUUUUGCUGUUUCAGCAGCAUUUAAGUUGGCUCCGCGGAUUCUCAGAUUUUCUUUGAAGUUUUCAAUUAUUUCUGGAAGAGCAUUUAAGUCUUUCUCAGCCUUUUAUUUAUUGUCUUCCUUGUAACCUACUAGUAGUGUACUUUACCACUCUAGUACACUAUUAUUCUUGCCAGUUCUUGGAAAGGAGGAUUCCUAAACCAGCCACUAGUGUUUUUUUUUCCCGGGCUUCAAGUGUUUUCUUUGUAUCAGUAAAUAAAGUAGUACUCUUAUCUCAUUUGCACACAAGUAAAUUCUUGCUGCUGCACCUCUCCCGGCCGCCGGGCAAAUAAAAAAAAAGAGGGAAAAACACAGAAGGAGAGGUCAAAAACUGGCACGUACCCAAUCCACGGAGCCUAUCUCUAAGAUCUGGGUUCCAGAAAGAGACAUCUCAAGACAAGAUCUGCCAGAAUAUUAGUACACGCUUCUCUUUUUAGGGGAAAUCGAAGGCAAAAUGUUGCCUCAGAAGCAAGCAGAGGAAGCAAUUGUCUCCAACUUCAACGAGACCGACCCCGAAGGCAAAGAGGAACAACAACCCAUAGAGGAUGACCAAUCCAUUUUUAACGUAAAGAACCUUCUCUGGCACGGUGGCUCCGCUUGGGAUGCUUGGUUCAGCUGUUCUUCAAAUCAAGUGGCACAAGUGCUGCUGACUCUGCCGUAUUCUUUCUCUCAAUUGGGUUUGCUAUCAGGCGUAAUUCUGCAAAUAUUCUACGGUCUGGUUGGUAGCUGGACAGCAUACCUCAUUAGUGUGCUGUAUGUGGAAUAUCGUAGCCGCAAGGAGAAAGAAGGCGUUAGCUUCAAAAACCAUGUCAUUCAGUGGUAUGAAGUCCUUGAUGGGUUACUGGGUCCUUACUGGAAAGCAGCGGGCCUAGCCUUCAACUGUACUUUCCUCCUGUUUGGGUCUGUCAUACAGCUGAUAGCCUGUGCAAGUAAUAUAUACUACAUCAACGACCGACUGGACAAGAGGACGUGGACAUACAUAUUUGGAGCAUGCUGUGCCACCACUGUAUUCAUUCCCUCGUUCCAUAACUACCGGAUUUGGUCGUUUCUGGGACUAGGGAUGACCACGUAUACCGCAUGGUACCUCACCAUAGCAGCCCUUGUUCAUGGCCAGGUUGACGGCGUGCAACACUCGGCUCCAAAAAAGCUAGUGCUGUACUUCACCGGUGCCACCAAUAUCCUGUACACCUUCGGCGGACAUGCUGUCACUGUAGAAAUCAUGCAUGCAAUGUGGAAGCCCCAGAAGUUCAAAUACAUUUACUUGCUGGCCACCCUUUACGUGUUCACUUUGACCCUUCCGUCAGCUUCUGCCGUGUACUGGGCAUUCGGCGAUCAGCUCCUCAACCAUUCAAAUGCUUUCUCCCUCCUUCCCAAGUCAGGCUGGCGUGAUGGCGCAGUCAUCCUCAUGCUCAUCCAUCAGUUUAUCACAUUCGGGUUCGCGUGUACACCGUUAUACUUCGUGUGGGAGAAGGUGAUAGGGAUGCAUGACACCAGAAGCAUUUGUUUGAGGGCACUCGCAAGGUUGCCGGUAGUAAUACCGAUAUGGUUCUUGGCCAUCAUCUUCCCAUUCUUUGGGCCCAUUAACUCCGCAGUUGGGGCACUUUUGGUUAGUUUCACCGUCUACAUCAUCCCGUCUUUAGCACACAUGCUUACUUACAGGAAGGCCUCUGCCCGCCAGAACGCGGCCGAGAAGCCUCCGUUCUUUCUGCCAAGUUGGACGGCCAUGUAUGCAAUCAACACCUUCGUGGUAGUUUGGGUAUUCGUAGUCGGGUUCGGGUUCGGAGGUUGGGCCAGCGUGACCAACUUUGUGAGGCAAGUGGCCACAUUUGGGCUCUUUGCCAAGUGCUACCAAUGCAAGCCUCCUCCGCCAACAGCGGCGCACCAGCCUGCAAUUGCCCCGCCGCAUCACUGAGUCCGACGAAUCGAUCACGCGUCUCUUUGCCUCGCCAUCGCCGAUUGAGGGAGAAUUCAGUCAUCGAAGGUCAAGUGCGUGCCUUUUUCUGGCCAGCCCUCUUAUAUAAAUUCUGUAUCAUACAACCGGGGGGAGGCAGAGCAAUAUUUACCCACCCCCCUAUAAUGGCUUGUGCUCUCUUUUCUUUUCCUAAUAUAUUUUUUUUAAUGGUUUAGUAGUAGAUUAAAACAGUGUGUUGAAUGUUGAUGAUUCCUUUGCUACAAAAGCAUAGGCUAAUUAAUUCCAAUUGUGGUGGUGUUCAUCUUAUUUUUUUUUUUUA